CUAUUAAAGCCAACAUCCUUAAAGAGUAUCCAAAAAAUGCUCUUAUUAAAUACAAGGCACCAAUUAUGGAUAAACAACCACUAGACAAUAUUUUUAGAGCGGUCUAUAGUUCAAAACCUGAUGAUGAAGAUGAAGAAACCCUUCAAGCCUGGUUUUACAUUGAAAGUUUAUUUAAAAACAUGGGAAUAUUG